CACCAACUAGAAUGAGCGAAAUCAAAGCAACAUAUAUAUAAGAUAUAACGAAAUAGAAAAAGGAAAUUCCAAGCACCAAAAUGGAUGUAUGAUUUAUGGAGACUGUAUAUGUCGCUAAGGAUUGCUUUUUGAUCCAUUAGCCAUUAAUGAAAUUCGGUCCUAUUUCCUUUCGCAGCCGUAGCUCUUGUGAUGGGUUAAAAGAUGACCACAUUGGAUGGAACUAAAAGUUGAAGACGACAAGGAACUGUAGCUGCGCAUCAGCAAUUGGCAGUACAUUUGAAGAAAAUCUGCCGUUGGUUGGAAUCAGAGGUUUCUGUGGCGCGUUUGCUCUGUUUUCUGUGCAAGAGUUUCUUUCACAAUGACAGUCUGUAAUUGAAAUAGACACGAUUGCACGUAAGCACUCCCCUAAUUCCGAGUCGUUGAUCUGUAAUUACAAGUCAACGGUCAACCUCGCGGGUGGAAAGUUUCCUUUACCGUUUGCCCUUCUUCCAUGGCAGAUAAAUGAUAUCUUCUUUCCCUCUACUUGUUUCAUUAUCUUACAACUAACUAACUAAGCGAGAGUUCAUACCCUCCUUCCCGCCUCUUAAGCUCUCGCCGUUCAGUCCGAGAGAUGGAAUCAGGACCAGACUCCAUUUCCGAAGACUUCCCCAUUCUCUAUUACGUUCUAUCGCAACUCGAUACUAUUUCUGGUAAAUCCCACCCACAACUUCCUCCCGAAACUCAAGAAUCGGUGCUGACCCAAUUACCUCGUCUCAACAACCCUAAAGUCUUGGCCACGGUGAUUCAAGCCAUACCCGGUAACGUUGCGCAAAUUCGGUCCGCCCUCGUUUGUCUCGGUCCACGCCCCGAUCCCUCCGCUGUCGCCGCCGCUCGCGAGCGGAUCGCUGACAUCCAAUCCGGACUCCAGAAGGAUCUUCAAGAAAUCGGUUGCGUCGAUGAUCGCGUCGAGAGAGAGAACAAGCUGAGAAAAGAGGCAGAGAAGGAGACGCAAAUCUAUACGGCGGUGGCGAGGCUAGAGGAGAUGCACCGGACCUAUGAGAAGCAGCUAAGCGACGCGCAGGAUCGUCUGGUGAAAUUUUAUGAAUCGACUGCUUCAGAGUUGGAUGAUGAGACCGACUUGGAGGUGAACGAAGAAGUUAGAAGAAUUUUGAAAGAGGCACAGAGUGGUGAGGUGGUGGAGAAGGUCGACCUUUUUGGGCAAGAGCUCAGGUUUCUUCCCGAGAAGUUCGGGAAACUACGCCGAUUGACCCAUCUUAAUCUAUCGCAAAAUCAACUCGAGUUUCUUCCCGAUUCCAUAGCUGGGCUUCAGAAACUCGAGCGCCUUGAUGUUUCCUCAAACCUUCUAGAGUCUCUUCCUGAUUCUGUCGGCCUAUUGCUUCAUUUGAAGGUCGUCAAUAUAUCGGGGAACAAGCUGAAUAUGCUUCCUGAAACCCUUACAGCUUGCAGUUCCUUGGUGGAGUUGGAUGCAAGUUUCAACAAUCUCUUAGGUUUGCCGAUAAAUUUAGGAUAUGGAUUGGUUAAUCUUGAAAGGCUGACAAUCCAGCUUAACAAGAUAUGUUACCUUCCUACAUCGAUAUGUCAGCUUAGGUCUCUUAAAUAUUUUGAUGCACACUUCAAUCAAAUCCAUUCCCUGCCUUCUGAAAUUGGAAGAUUAACGAGUCUAGAGGUGUUAAUUCUAAAUGGUAAUUUCAACAACUUGACUGAGGUUCCUGAAUCAAUCAGUGAUCUCUGCAACCUAAGGGAGCUAGAUCUUAGUGACAACCAGAUCAGAGCUCUUCCAGACAGAUUCGGCCGGCUGGAAAAACUAAGCAAGCUGAAUUUGGAUCAGAAUCCACUCGAGGUACCUCCAAUGGUGGUUGUUAACAAAGGACCCAAAGCGGUGAAGGAUUUCAUGGACAUGAGGUGGGCUAAUUUAGUUGCAGAGAAACAAAAGGCUAUGCAUGAGGCAAACAUGCCACAAGAUCAGAUUGGAUGGCUUGCUUGGGGAUCUAACAUGUUGAAUAACAUGACUUCUGGGGUUUCGCAAACUAUUUCUGAAUACUCAGGAGGAAGAAGAGAAACUAAAGAAGACCCAUGGUUGUAUCAGCAAUUGUGAGUGGGGAACGCAUGGUCGUCUCCUGAACCUGGCUUUCCAAGAAAUUGUCUGUAUAUAAAAUACAUAUACAUGUCUUGAUGCAAAUGCUACUGGGCUGCAUUACUGGAUGGUAUCAA